AAAACUGACCGCAUUCGCUCCUCUUUUCACUUCCGUAUUAUUCAUACUCAAGCCAGCCACAGCAAACGACAUCAACGCCUCAAACAUGCUCUGAUCCGCCAUGGACCUUCGCCAAGCAUGUGAUCGAUGUCAUGACAAGAAGCUCAGAUGCCCAAGACCGCCAGGCUCUCUGUGCUGCAGCCGCUGCACCAAGGCCAACGUCACCUGCGUCUUCAGUCCGCCAACGAGGCCCUUCCGAUAUCCCCUGAACAAUAAUCAUAACCACAAUGGCUUUGACUGGCCCGAUCUCAUCGUCUUGGACCAGCAGCAACAGGAGCAUCAGACGCCAAGUCAAGCGUUUGAGACGCCAGCCCUGACCGUUUCGGAGCGACUUGCAGGAGUUCUAUCUGCCCUGGAUCGCAUGUUGCAAGCUAUGCCGUCAUCCCUGGACAUGCACCACGUCCCGAGGCAGCAAUUAAGAGAAUACGCCGAUAACGUGGGAGACAACUUUGACCUGCAGUCAACUCUCGAUGGCCUCCUUCACCACGCCCAGGAUCUCGCCUCUCUCUACCCCGAGUCGGCGUCCGCCGCCAUCAACAAACGCACAACGGCUCCUGAAUCGGAUGCCAUCUGCACUGUUCCGGAUUGCAUACACCAAGAUCGUAUGUCCUUGCAUACAACGCCCCUGCCCAAGAUAGACCACGCGCUGUUGAAUCUUGUCAUGGCGUGUCACAUACGUCUUCUCGACAUUAUGGAUACUCUUGCAGAGCAUGGCCGAAUGUGCGCCUUUAUGGUCGCAACCCUUCCACCAGACUACGACCCCAAAUUUGACGUUCCGGAAAUCCGCGUUGGAUCUUAUGUUGCCCCUACUAAUACUGCUGCUUCGAUGCUACUCUCUGUGCUUGUGGACCUUCAAACUAUACUGGUGGACAGAAUCAAGGAUGUGUCCGCCAUCAUCAAUCAGGUAAAAGAUGAUCCGAGAGCAGCCAGAGAAGCGAGGGUGAUUAGCCUUCAAUGCGAGAUUCUUCAAGAGCGAGCAGAGUCUACGCUAGGAGAGUUGUCCAACUUUAGGGAUGGGUUGGUGAGUGCGAGGCUGCUAAGGUGAGGGCUACGACUGCUUAAAUGGGAGAAUGUGUGCAUGUAUGUAGAUACCCAAGUCCUCUAGCAUGGAUAUAAGAAGCAUUCUGCAAUUAUUGACUUUAAUCUUCAUUUCAAUGCUAAAAUGUAUCACGCACUUUAUGACCGACGGCUGUUCGGCAUCACUAACGGC